UCUGGAAUAAUAUUUGCCUCUCAAACCCUCUUUCGUGGGGCCAAAGAGAUGAUAGUCCAGUGACGAGGAAGUGAAAAACUGUAGUGAAGAAGUGGCUCAAAGAACAGUCAACAGAAUUUUACGGGGCAGGGGUACAUGCUCUCAUUCGAAGGUGGAACAUUGCUAUUGAGAGAAACGGUGACUAUGGUGAGAAGUAGGGAUGUGAUCCACAGAGGACCAGCUUCAUUUUGAUGGAUGAUACAUGUUCCUGUAUUGGUAAUUAUACCUGUCCUAAACAAAAUGGCAUUACUUUUUGACUCACCCUCGUAGAAGAAAUAUGAAUAUAUUUAGUUAAAAGUAAGGUCAUCUUUUUACAAAUUACUUUUCUUUGCGUGUAUAGAGUUAAUAUGAUGUGCAGAUAUGUCACUUGGACUGUUUUCUAGUUUAAUAUUUAAACACCUUUCCACAGGUAGGUAUUCAAUCAUUGAAGUAUUGUUUUUAACGAGUUCAGAGAAGUUGUAAUGCGAGUUUGAUAUUUGUUGAAAUAUCUUUUUUCUAUUUUGAGCAGAUUAAACCGAAGUUUGACGGAUUUACAGGGCGAAAUAAUGAAGCUCUCCUUACAGCAACAGCAACAGCUAAAGAGUCAGACGUUGGACAAGUCGCAUCCAAAACCACACGGGGCUUUACCGAAUGCCUCCGCAGCAGGCAUUGUACCCACUCAACAUGGUGAGCUGCAUUUGCAGUGCCAAAUUCCUUUCUCUGCGGCCCCCGGGGGUCAUAUGGCUGGAAGUUCAGAACAACCUCCCUCUUAUAUAGCCUUAGGUCAAUAUCCCCCUCAUAUGGACACUACUGGACAUUUUAACCCUAGCUGUGUGGUACAACAGCCAGGCUAUGCCACACCACCUCUGAUACCACCAGUGUAUCAACCUCCUACGUCUUAUCAACCUCCUACGUCUUAUCAACCUCACUAUCCUCAGGCGUCCCCUUAUCAGCCAACCUAUCCAGGUCAACAGUUUAUGUUGCAUUCCCCAACACCACCAACACAGCCUUACAUGUCGCCAGUCAUGUCACCAUACCCUACCCCUCCACCUCACUCUGUCGGGAUAGCCCACCACCUACCAAACACGUACACCACAUCGGUCGGUCAACCAAUUCCGACGGCGACUCCCUACAGUGGUCUUCCAGGUCAUCCGAAGCCCGAACUCGCAGGUGUACAUCCAAGUAUGGCUAAUGCUGUGAUAACAUCGGCAGCGGGGGGUGCUUUUUCGCUACACGGUAACCAAACCAGGACUCAAGAGGAACCAUUACCUUCUGGGUACGCCCCUCACCCUCAUGCUGUGUCCUCUUCAGGAUAUGUACCAUAUUUAAAUAGUAGUAAUAAUAUUAACACAAGUAGUAAUAAUAUUAACAGUAAUGUUAAUACAAAUAAUAGUGUCACCACGUCUGGGGUAACAAGUUGGCAGUCCCCAUCGGGUAGUCCUAGCCGACAGAGUUUGAAAAGCAAUCAGAGCAGUCACCAUGGGUCCCCUAGCAGCAGCAUCAGCAGCAUCAGCAGCAGUCCUCCGCAUCGACCAAGUAAACAGCCUCCACCUCCUACCACGUCUUCGGCCGAUGUACCCAGUCAGUCUGAAGAGGCACCUACAGCGACUGCUGACACAGACACCAGCGAGGAGCCGGCGUCUUCUGCCAAUGAAGGAUUCUUUGUGUCGUUUGGCAACGAACAGCCUCGACGUCCCAAGCCGAAACUUACCAAGCGCGAGAAGAAAGAAGAUAAAAAGGACGAGAAGUUACCCGUUCCACCGGUUUCCAAGGAGACCACUGGGGCGGCCACUCCUCCCAAAUUACCGUCACCAUCGAAACCUCUUCCUCCACCCUCUGCACCUCCUCCAGUUGUAGAAGAGGAAGACGUACCAGCAGCUCCACCUGUUGCAUUUGUUCUAGAAGAAGGGGAAGAAUGUCUCGAAGAUGAGAUGGCGGCAAGGAGAAAUCGAAUGUUGAAACAGCAACAGAAGAGACGAGAAGAACAGGAAUUACGUCGACAGCAGAAAGAAGAAGCUUUUGCCAAGAAGAGAGCACAAGAGAUGUUGAAGAAGGAAGAAAUAGCUCAGAGGAAAGAGCAAGAAAAGGCGCGCAGACAGAUGAUUCUGCAACAAUAUAAGGAACGGAAAAGAAAGGAGGAAGACGACGAAAAGAAUCCACCAACUGAUCGUUACGAGCGUCCAGCUCGGAAUCCAAAACCACGUCCAAAGAGCAUGAUAGUGCGUUCAUCAAAACCUCCCGAGGUUGGUGAAGAUGAUACCAGUAGUAUUCAUUCGACAAGUUCACAGGAAGACAUUGCAGGACGAGGAUUUAGCAGUCCUACUAGUUCAAACAGUAACUCUAAAUCUGGGCCACUGCUCUCUACAAGCUGGCCUGCAGGACCGUCCCAAUUGGAGGUUAUCAAAAUGGGUUUACAACAUGGCAUUUGCUGCUGCAAAGGGAUAAGCUUAUCCAGCCCAGGACCAGCCAGAGCACGCAUCCCUCACUAUUCUCGGUCCGGACUCCGGAAAGCAGUGUCAAUGAACUUACUGGCAAAUCAAGGCAACUCGGGGCGCACUAACUUUGGCAGAAGACCUCCAUCUCCAGUGAUGAUGAGCCUAUUCACACAACAAAAUCACUCUGGUCGUUACGGAACUGGCAGACGGCCACCAUCCCCAGACUUGUACCGAUUUGGUAGGAAGAGUGGUAAGAGUACUGAGAGUAGCAGUGAUGCAGGUUCAACUGCUGGUUCGGACUAUACAGGUCCCAAACUCUUUGUGAAACCAAGCUCCAAGUCAAACCGUCACAUUAUAAUUAAUGCCAUUAGUCAUUGUUGUUUAGCAGGAUGUGUGAACUUAGAUCUGAAAAAUAAAGUCUUAGAGGAAAUUGCGAAAUCCGAUGCAAAGCAUUUUGUGAUAUUAUUCCGGGACACAGGUUGUGCAUUUCGGUCACUAUAUGCCUAUUACCCAGAGCAUGAAGAGGCUGUUAAAAUUCAUGGAAUUGGACCAAAAUUGGUGACUAGCAAAAAUAUUGAAAAAUAUUACAAGUACAACUCUGGUGGUAAAAGUUUUGCUGAAGUGACAUCUACGAAGCAUUUAUCUGUGUCUAUUGAUGCUAUCGUUAUCAAUGGCAGUUUGUGGAAAAGUUCCCGGACGCCUACGGGCCGACGAUAAUGAUACCAAGCAGAGGGGAGCCUUUCUCAGUGCUGACCUAUCUCUCUCCCUCUCUCUAUAACCAACCUCUUUGUAUUUAUAACGGCAAGUGCUGAAGUAUUAGGGACUUGGGACUAAUACGUGAGCAUCUGAGAAUGGUCAGCUGUGCUGUCGGCUUUUGGUGGAGGUUGUCUCUGAGGGAGGAGGAGGAGGGGGGGGGGGAUCUGAAGGCUAUUAAAUUUAGCUGCCACACACUGUCGACAUUUACCACUGAGCUAAAUCGGCUCGUU